UGCUAGAGUAGGUUCGCAGUUUUUUUCAUUUGUUUCAAUAAUAUUUCAUUAAUUUUAUUAAAAAAUGAGCGACAUUGAACGCUUUGACGGUUUGCUGUUGAGUAUGGCCAAUCAAUGUGAAGGAGGAAUAAAAGAGUUACUAGAAGUUAUGUUCAGUUUUCUGAGUCGAAAGACAGACUUCUACAUUGGUGGGGGCAAAGGGGCAGCUCAGAAACUUUUACUGGAAAAAUUCCUCAUGUUUGAAAAACCGGCUCUGGAAAGGGCAGAAAAGGAGAGGAAGCAGAGAGAGGAAGACGAGAGGAUUAGGAGAGAGAAGUUAGCAAAGAAGAAGGCCAAAGAAAAUGGAGUAGGAGAUCAAGAGGAAGGUGCUAAAAUUGUUGAAAUAACCGAUGAAGAAGCCGAAAAGUUGCAGAAGGAAAUUGACGAAGAAAAAAAAAGAAAGGUUGCAGAAUCUAUGAAAAGUGAAGACAAUGAUGUUGGUUCAACUGCCUCUACUGCUACCUCUUCAUCAUCCUCUUCAAACGCCACACCUUUGGCCUCUGCUACUAAUAAUAACAUUAAUAAUGUUGAAACAUCUACCAAAGAUUCCACAACAGCCAAAGCUGAUAAGAAAGAAAACGCUGAUGAGGAAGAGGAAGAGGAUGAGAAGGACAAAGGCAAGUUGAAGCCAAAUUCUGGCAAUGGGGCUGACCUUGAAAAGUACAAAUGGACACAAACUCUUUCUGAAAUAGAAGUUAGGAUCCCACUAAACAUGACAGUCAAAGCUGCUCAUGUAAACGUAGUCUUCAAAAAGAAGCACCUGUUAGUGAGUCUGAAGGGACAUCCUCCGAUCAUCGACUGUGAGACUGAUCAUGAGAUAAAGGUUGAGGAGUCGACCUGGUGUCUCGAGGAUCGCAAAUCGAUUGUGCUACAGAUUGAAAAGGUCAACAAAAUGGAGUGGUGGAGUCGCUUGAUCAAAACAGAUCCUGAGAUAAACACGCGUAAAGUUGUCCCUGAAAAUUCCAAACUCUCCGACUUAGACGACGACACGCGAGGGACAGUUGAGAAGAUGAUGUACGAUCAGAGGCAGAAGGAGCUAGGUCUGCCAACCUCCGAGGACCAGAAGAAGAAUGAAAUACUCAAGCAGUUUAUGGAAAAACAUCCUGAGAUGGAUUUCUCCAAGGCAAAAUUUUCUUAAAGAAACAUUAUUUAUUAUUAUUGUCAUUGUUAAUACUAUUGUUAUUAUUGUUAUUGUUGUUGUUAAUGUUAUUACUUUCAUCUUUUUGAUGCGUCAAUUUAUGUCAUGUUAAUGCUAUGCCUGAUUUAAAUAUUAUUACCAUUAUUUAAUACAUUGUCAUUUUUAUAAAUAUUAUUCUUUGAGAGAGAUUUUCUGUGUGUGUUUUGAGUUGAUCGAUUGGUUGAUUGGUUGGUUGAUUGGUUGGUUGAUUGAUUGAUUGAUUGAUUGAUUGAUUGAUUGAUAAGUUUACUGAUAAGUUAGUUAAUUGGUGUUUGUUUUAAGCAAUUACACACUUUUUUUAUAUUCAGAUUUCUAUGUUAAAAUUUUAGAAAAAAAAACCUUGGUUUAUAUUCCUAUUUUAAAAUACAAUAAGAAGAGUUGAGUUGAAAACCUCUUCAGUGUAAUAU